UGAUGUCCGUAUUCAUGGAGAGAAUUCUUUACUAUUAAGCAUUUAUUGCUGUUUUUGUCCUGGGAUUUAGAUGCCUUCAAGAUGCUGAGGAGAUGUUGAAAAUAGCAGUAUCCAUAAGUGAAACACUGGAAAGCAAACCUCAGGUGAAUGAAGACAUAGUGAAAUGGCUCUCUAGGACUGCUCAGGGAUUUCUAGCUCCCCUUGCUGCAGCAGUAGGUGGUGUUGCUAGCCAAGAAGUCUUGAAAGCAGUAACAGGAAAAUUUUCUCCUUUGCAGCAGUGGCUGUAUAUUGAUGCAUUGGACAUCACUAUAUCUCUAGACAAGACCAGUUGUGAAGAAUUCCUCCCAAGGGGAGAUAAAUAUGAUGCCUUGAGGGUUUGCAUUGGAGAGUCCCUGUGCCAAAAGCUGCAUAAGUUGAAUGUUUUCCUGGUUGGGUGUGGAGCUAUAGGCUGUGAAAUGUUGAAAAAUUUUGCACUUCUUGGAGUUGGUAGUGGCCGAGACAAAGGCAUGGUCACAAUUACAGAUCCAGACUUGAUAGAGAAAUCCAACUUGAACAGGCAGUUUCUUUUUCGACCCCAUCAUAUACAGAAACCUAAAAGCUAUACUGCAGCAGCAGCAACCCUGAACAUCAAUCCUCAGUUAAAGAUCGAUCCGUAUCUUAAUAAAGUGUGUCCAGCCACUGAGAACAUUUACAAUGAUGAAUUCUACACCAAGCAAGACAUCAUUGUUACAGCUCUAGACAAUGUGGAGGCAAGGAGAUAUAUAGACAGUCGUUGUUUAGCAAACCUGCGUCCCCUCUUAGACUCUGGAACAAUGGGAACUAAAGGACACACAGAAGCUAUUGUGCCUCAUCUGACAGAGUCUUAUAACAGCCAUCGAGAUCCACCAGAAGAAGAAAUACCUUUUUGCACUUUAAAAUCUUUCCCAGCUGCCAUUGAGCACACAAUACAGUGGGCAAGGGAUAAGUUUGAAAGUGCAUUUUCUCACAAGCCUUCAUUGUUUAACAAAUUUUGGCAAACCUACCCAUCCGCAGAAGAGGUCUUGCAGAGAAUAAAGUCAGGAGAGAGUUUAGAAGGCUGUUUUCAAGCUAUUAAAUCACUCAGUAGAAGACCCCGAAAUUGGUCUCAAUGUGUGGAACUUGCAAGAAUAAAAUUUGAGAAGUAUUUUAAACAUAAGGCUCUUCAACUACUUCAUUCUUUUCCCCUUGAUACACGAUUAAAAGAUGGAAGUUUGUUUUGGCAGUCACCAAAGAGGCCACCUUCUCCAAUAAAGUUUGAAUUUAGUGACCCUUUACAUUACAGUUUCAUAGCGAGUGGUGCAAAACUCUUUGCAAGAGUAUACUGUGUCCCUGUCACAGAAAAGGAUUUGUCAGAAGAAACUAUUUUGAAGAUAAUUUCAGGAGUAAAUAUACAAGAGUUCAGACCUUCAAAUAAAGUUGUGCAAACAGAUGAAACUGCCAGGAAACCAGACCAUAUUCCAGUAAGCAGUGAGGAUGAGAGGAAUGCUAUUUUCCAGCUGGAAAAAGCCAUAUUAUCCAAUGAAGCUCUGAAAAAUGACUUACAAAUGAAGAUUCUCUCCUUUGAAAAAGAUGAUGAUGCAAAUGGGCAUAUAGACUUCAUAACAGCAGCAUCUAAUCUGCGAGCCAAGAUGUACAACAUUGAACCAGCGGAUCGGCUCAAAACAAAGCGGAUCGCUGGAAAGAUUAUUCCUGCCAUUGCAACUGCUACUGCUGCCGUAUCUGGCUUGGUCGCCCUGGAACUGAUCAAAGUUGUGGGUGAACAUCCAUUUGAAGCAUAUAAGAACUGUUUUUUAAAUCUAGCCAUUCCAAUAAUAGUGUUCACAGAAGCUGCUGAAGUAAGAAAAACAGAAAUAAGAAAUGGAAUAUCAUUUACAAUCUGGGACAGGUGGACUAUUUAUGGGAAAGAAGAUUUCACUCUGCUGGACUUCAUAAAUGCUGUCAGAGAGAAAUACGGAAUAGAGCCAACAAUGGUUGUACAGGGCGUCAAAAUGCUGUAUGUCCCUGUGAUGCCUGGUCACGUCAAAAGAUUAAAGCUGACGAUGCAAAAGCUAGUGAAACCAUCAGCUGAUAAAAAAUAUGUGGAUCUCACGGUGUCGUUUGCUCCAGAAACAGAUGGAGAUGAAGACUUGCCAGGACCACCAGUGAGAUACUACUUCAUCCAUGAAGACAAUUGAUGGUAAUGCUACUAAAGUCGCUCUAGGACCAUUUGCUUUGAAGGGAGUGUGCUGAUUUCAGCUUAAAUCGAGUAAUACAUAUUUCUUUGGUGAAGCCUUAAUUAAAUCAGGAACGGUCAAAGUCAGUGAAUUGCACUGAAGAAGUCUGUCAAACUGGAUUUACUGUUCAUCUGUCCCUAUUCUCUGCAUACAUCUGCCCGUUCAUAAAGAGGACUGGAGGUUUGCUGAAAUGGAAUGUCAUGUAUAAUGCUUACCACAAAGAAGAGAUUUAUAUUAAUUUAUGGGGGAAGGGGGAAAAUUGCAAACUUAGCAUCUUAUUUCAAUAUGCAAGAUAAAUGUUAAAUGGGGGGAGAGCAAAAAUUGGGGAAAUUUUUUUAUAACAUGGUGGUCCAUAAUGUUUCAUAAUCCAUUUCUCAUGACUCUCUUCUAAAAUUGGGGUGCCAACCACAUAAUCUGAGCACUAGGCCAAAUUCAUCCCAAGUGUAACUCCAUUAAAAAAGCAAAUGAAUUUGCCUCAUUUACAUUGUCGGUGUUCUCUUCUGAGCCAUUGCUAUUACUGUAUGUUGGAGCAGUUCUUUUUAGGUCAGUCUGGAUGUGGAAACGCAGGGGGCGGAUUGUCAGCUGGUGUAAAUUGUCAUUGCUCAUUGAAAUCAACCGAGUGAUGACAAUUGAGUUCUGCCCCAAGAUCGCAGCUUGGGAACAGUGAAGUAUGGAGAAAGCUGAACUCUGUUGGAGAGUUGUGCCCUUAUUCUCCCAAUUAAUUCUACUUGAUGAAGAGGCAGGUGAAGUUGUGGCUAAAAUUUUCUGCCUCCAAAUUAAGAGCACAGUAGCAAAUUGUUACCUUUUGAAGGGGGAGGGUCAAGAGGAUAUUCUGUGUAUUUCAUAUCAAACAUUUGGUUCCUUUUAUCUCCUCUUGGUGCCAUAACUCUAGAAGGAAACUUUAAAUAGCAUAUCUGUCUCUACAGCACAAAUCUGAGUUAAUCUGAAAAUUGAGUUUAUAUUGGCCUCAAUCUAUAAUUUAGGCAUCUAAAGUCUGAUAGAUCUAUUUAAUUCAGUGGCAGUCAGGAAAUCAUUUUGGCAAUUAGUAGAAAAUGCUGGUGCAGUACGACAGCAUCAGUGGCAGAAUUCUUCAGCAUCUACGCACUGGACAGGUGAGCUUGUGUGAAUUGUUUCCCUGAUUAUGGAAAAACUAAAGCAAGUGAGAUGGGAACAAAAAUCUAAUCUACUAACAUCGCCCUGAACAUUAUUAUUAGUUUUGCUUUGGAAAUAGUUUGCAUUUACUGUAUCUCCUGCAUAUGAUGCAAAACUUGUUCACCAUUGUAAAAUCAGUGAUGUCAAUAUAUGAUUCAGUUUAUUAACGUUUAGGGAUAUUUUGGAGCCUAAAAUAUUGGAUAAUUGUGCUUGUUCUCAUCCCCCCUUUCCUCCCAAUUUUGUUUAUUCAAGAACAAAAUAUCCGGAUGGCUCGGCAUUUGGACACCAAAUAUGUAUUGAAUUUACAAGCUGGAAUCCACUAAAAUUAUUCCAAUAUUUGGGAAUAAGUCUUAAAUGUAGUACCUCUUUUGUAAGGUGUAUAUAUUUUUUUACUCUCAACAUAGUUUAUAGAUAUUUUAUAGUUUUAACAGAUUUGGUCUGAAACCCAGCUGGUUUAUUUAACUUUUUUUUUUUUUUAACAACUUACUCUUUUAAAAAAAACAAAACAAAAACUGAACAUUCUGUAAAACAGGCAAAGAGAUGGCAUUCAUAGAGAUGGCAAAGUGCAUAAUAAUUGACAUAGGCAAAAGGCAGACAGGGAAGACUAUUUGAGAGUAAAUAUCUGUUUCUGAGUACUGACUGAAAUGUGUUUCCCCCCUCCCCAGCAAUAGUAGGGACUGUAAAUCCCAAUGGAAAUCUGUGAUAUGGGUUUUAUUUUUUAUUUAAAUGUUUGGGGCAAACGUAAAGCACUGUGAACUCUAAAAGUCAGGGGCUGGGAAACAAUAAAAUGUAAUUUGAGUAA